AGUGGGAGGGUUCGACUAGUGAGCAAACAUGGCUGACCGUACCGGGGACUGGCUUGGGGAUAUACUUGGUGACGUCACCAAGCAGUCGGCAGCCACGCAAGCCAUCAUUGGGGGUGCGGCUGGCUGGGGAGCUGGUUUUUUGCUGGUCAGGUUUGGAACAAUGGCAGCUUUAUCAUUUGGCAUGUCAAUCUUGUUACUACAGUUUGCCCAGCACCAAGGAUAUAUUAACAUAACCUGGCCUCCUGUGGACGACAACAUGUAUGAUAAUUUGAGAUCACAAAUACAAAAUGAAUACCGGCGACAGUACUCUGGGGUACAGAGGUUUGCACAAAAUAACAUUGUUUUGGCGACAGCAUUCGGUGGUGGAUUUUUCUUUGGAGUGUCAUACUUUAGUGGCAUCUGAGUACAUGGUAUUUCGCCCACACACUUUUAGCAGCCAGGAAUGAUCCUAGCCACGUUGAACCGAAGACUUCCAGAAGCGUGAACUAGUUGAGUAACAAGGAAUCCAAAAUUCAUUACUACCAAUCUUAGAUGAUCCACGGAGUAGGUUAUUCAACAGUGUGGUCAUUCAGCCAUUUCUCUCUCAUCUCUGGAACACACUAUUCGUUUCGUCUGUGAAGUUAACUGUGUACAUGUCGCAUGUCGGUGAACACGAAUUUAAUGUUUCAGUCACAAUAGCCUCUUACAAUAUAGACCUCAUGUGAUUUUCUGUCACCUGUAACGAAGUUGUCAUACAGUCCAUGUAUACCCUUUCUCAUAAGCGUACGAGGCGGGGGCGGUGGGGGGGGGGGGGGGGGGGGAGGGUGCAACUGCUUCCUAGUCCUGGAGCAAAAAUGAUACACAUACCUGUUUACCAUGUAUUUCUAUCAUUCCACCCUCAAUAUUAGUUGUAAUCCAUAUAAAAAUGUGUAGUGAUUCGUCUGCAACCCUAUGCAACUGUUAUGCUAAUAUGAAGAAAUGAUGUUAUCCAGAUUCGGGCAUUUUCGUUUAAUUCGGGCAAAAGCCAGCCUGCCCCAUUACACAAUUAGGAGCCCGUACGCCUAUGUGCUUUCUUGCAUUAUUAAUAAACUGUUAUACAUUACUUGGUUUAUAAUGCAUUAUUAAUUCUGUAAACUUCAUAUGCAUAACUGUAUAUGAAGUUUAUUAACAUGCAUACUAGACCAAGUUAUGUUCAAAAGAAACUACUUCAUCUGUUUUCAGUCCUAGAUUACUAAGUGUCUGUAUUUUAGCGGAGGUAACACAGUAAAGCCAAAAAGCCUCACGGUAGUAACUGACGAUUGUAUUUACCAUUCGUUACAGGUCAUAGAUCGGUACGUGUAGUCAGUCGUCACAAUAUAUAAUAUAUAGCUAUGUCACACCACUGUUCUCUUUGUGUAUAUGUGGUUGCUCAUAAUUGAAAGGUAUUUUAUAUUUUAUCAUUCAGUUGAACGCCAUAUAUACUUGUGCUGGAUUUUUUUUGUUUUUUUAAUUAAUUAAUUUAUUUAUUGUAUAUAUUUUUUGUAUAUGAAAACGAGAUGUGAUAUUCUCGCAUUUUCAGCUGUUUAUAUUGCAACAAUGUUACACUUGUUCUUGAGGGGUUUUUUUACUUGUUUAUUUAUUUAUUUAUUUAUUUAUUUAUUGUAUAUAAAACGAGAUGUGAUAAUCCCCCAUUUUAAGCUGUUUUUAUUAGUACAAUGAAUUUAUAGAUAUUUCCAUUGAAUUAUAAUCCUUGUUUUGUUUUGUGUAUAUAAAAAAGAAAUACGAUAGGCUCCCAUUUUAACCUGUUUAUAUUGGUACAAUGAAUUUAUACAUAUUUUGGUUGAAUUCUAAUCCUUGUUUUUUUGUGUAUAUAAAAAAAGAAAGAAAUGUGAUAGUCUCCCAUUUUGAGCUGUUUAUGUCGGAACUAUGAAUGUAUAGAUUUUAAUUAUUUAUAUUUUUGAACUUGUUUCUUUUGUAUGUUCCUCCAUUUAUAGAUCUGCUUGCAGUGUGCACACGAAACUAACUAGUCCGGUCACAAUCAAAAUAGUAUUAUCUAAAAACUCAUUGAUUGUGCCCAAGAUUUAGGAUAGCAUAAAUCGAAAAUGUGACAAAACUGUCCCAUUUAUAUAUCUUCCAAUAUUCAUUACUAUGUCAUGUAAAUAUAUGUUACUUAGCUUGUGUACAAUAUUUUAACUCAUGUUUUUGCUAAAUAAUUGUGUGUUCUGAUGUACAUGUGAAUAAAAAUCAAAGUGUUA